CAGACUACAAUGGCUCGAGGGAACGGCUACGUUUCAUCUCUAUGAUUAUCUCUGGCGUUCCACGAGUUGUGAAUUCCGGAGUUGCUCGCUGGCUGUGCGUUACAGAGGGCAAGGAGGCUUCUCCCUUGUGAGCGAAGUUUCUUCUUCUUUUUCUUCUUCCCUGUCGGAGUAAGGGGAAUAGGUCCAGCUGGCAUGCUACGGGCUGGUGUCUGACCUUCACGGCCUCUCUGAGCGCGGCUAUUCGAGUCCGCGAUGGGGCAGAAGACUCGGCUCAAAGGCUACGCGAUCCACUCACCGCGAUCGAACAUGCACCGUUUACUCAGAAAUAAAUUCCAUUGAAUUCAGCACGAUUUACUUAUAACUAUAACUUAGGGAAAUACAGUUUUUAAUAAAUCAUUUGGAAGAAUUAUGCCUUGGAAAGCAGACAAUGUCAAUUGUAUGUUAUCUGCCAGCUGGCUGGAUGCUAGAUCACCUCUCCUUCAUAAAUAAAACUGGAUACUAUUUUUGCCACUCCCUUGAGCACUCAGCCCACGAUUCUUUUGACAAUACUGUUCUUCCUGCUUCCUCAGGUACAAUUCUGCUUCCCAUAAAAUCAUGUACAAAAAGUUUUGUUCCUGACUUUAGACACGAAGGAGAAAAAAAUGGUCAGAUGGUCAAGAGGACAUACAUAUUUCGGGAAGAAUAUUUUAAUGUACUUAAGCCCCAUAUUACUGAAAGCUUCCAAAUGGAAAGGCAUGAUGGGACUAAUCUAGAAACUGGUGAAUCAGGACAGCAGAAAAGUGCCAAGGACAAGCCUGUUAUUACAAUUAAAGCCAAAAAGAAACGAAAAAGAAGCAAUGAACUUAAUCACGGUGAAAGUGAUAUCUUAGAGUAUCAUUUAAAGAUCAGUGGCAUAAUUUUGGAUGGGACCAGAAGUUUAAUCCAGGAGGCACGCAGAAGUGGUUUCCUUCAGCCUAGUUCUCUAGAACAGUUUUACACCAAGACCUCUGACAGAGGACAAAAUAAUUUCAGUUUGGCUGAGCUAUGUGAGAUGGCCAAGUGUUUCGUUCCUGUGAAUGAAAGAGAGCAAAAAUGUGUAAUAGACAAGGAAACUUCUGACCCAGAACAAGUUCAGUUAACCUGUGUCACUGAAAAUAAUACAAACAACGCAAAGAUGUUAACACUAAUGGGACAGAAGUACUUAUUUCCCCCCAAAAGUGCAUUUCUUUUAUCAGAUAUUUCAUGUAUGCAGCCACUUUUGAACUAUAAAAAAAAGUAUGACAUAAUUGUUAUAGACCCACCAUGGGAGAACAAGUCUGUGAAAAGAAGCAGUAGGUAUGGUUUCUUGUCUCACUGGCAAAUCAAAGAAAUUCCUGUGCCAGCACUGGCAGCUCCAGAUUGUCUUGUGGUCACAUGGGUGACCAAUAGACAGAAGCAUUUACGAUUUGUAAAGAAUGAACUUUAUCCUCACUGGUCCAUACAUGAUGUAGUUGAGUGGUUUUGGGUAAAAAUUACAAAGUCUGGAGAAUUUGUGAUCCCAUUAGAUUCUCUUCACAAAAAGCCUUAUGAAAUUCUUGUGCUGGGCAGAGUGCAGGGAAAUACAGAUGUACCGUUAAGGCUUUCAGAAGAUGAAAAGUUUCCUGCAAUUCCUGAUCAGAAAUUAAUUGUUAGUGUACCUUGUACUCUUCAUUCACAUAAGCCUCCUCUUUCAGAGAUUCUGAAAGAAUAUACCAAGCCAGAUGUAGAAUGUUUGGAGCUGUUUGCUCGGAAUUUGCAGCCUGGAUGGACCAGUUGGGGCAAUGAAGUCCUCAAAUUCCAGGACUUGGACUACUUCACUGCUUUACAGAAUAAUGACUAAUGAUACUUAAUUAUUUUUGAAGAUUUUGUUUCUGUGUUCUGAAUUUCCUCUGCUAAUUCUAACCCUACAUUUUGAGUAGUGUGAACAACCUAUGUAGAGUAAAUUAUUGUAGUCCAAUUAAAAGGUAACAAGGAUGGAGCUUGUUCCUCCAUGCUGAGGUUGUGGAGUAUCAAGGUCUUAUUUUUCUGUUGCUAUCCAAACG